AUGAUAGAUGAGAAGCUAUUUUUCCGAGAACACCUUGAUAGUGCAUGCAUAAAAGCUAGCAAGACGGUAUCCAACUUGUCAAGGAUUAUGGCUAACUGCAUGGAACCACGAACCCGAAAACGACGAGUCCUUCUUGAGGUAGCCCAUUCUGUACUGCUAUACGGAGCGGAGAUAUGGGCGGAUAUCCUCAAGCAUAAAACAUAUCGGCGCAAAAAACACCAGUGCAAAGGCGAGGAGCUCUAUCGCACGGUCUCAGAAGCAGCUGUAUUGUUAAUAGCAGAAGCCACACCAAUUGACUUGCUAGCAUUCGAGAGAGUAAAACACUACGACGCUAUAAUAUAUGGCGACAGCUCCAACAAAACAAGAUCGAGAAUAAAAAAAAAACGCUACAAGAGUGGCAAAAUCGGUGGACGUCAGGAGAGAUGGGCAGAUGGACGUCGCGCCUGA